AUGCAGCCUCGGGAUCCGCGCCAGAUUACGCCGGCUCCUCCGAGCCUGGCCCCCCCAGUCCUGCACCCCCCGAUCGCGAAGUCUCCGCCAGUCAAACCUCCGCCAGUCAAGCCUCCCCCAGUCAAGCCUCCCCCAGUCAAGCCUCCCCCAGUCAAACCUCCGCCAGUCGCGCCUGCGCCGCCUCCGCCGUUCUUCCAACCGUGGCCAAUCAACGGGCAGGGAAUCUUCAACGUGCUGCAGUUCGGGGCGCGCGCGGAUGGGCGCACGGACAACACGGACGCGUUUCGGCGCGCUCUGCGGACGGCGUGCGCGUGGGGGAAGGCGCGGAGCGCGUACGCGCGCGUGGUGGUCCCCGCGAGCGGGCUGUUCCAAACCUUCCCCGUCGACCUGGAGGGGCCGUGCGGCGCUGGCUUGGAGGUGCAGGUGGGUGGAAAGGUGUGGAAAGGGGUGAAAGGAUGGGUGCAUAGUGGUGUGGAGCUGGAGGGGCCGUGCGGGGGGGAACCGGAGGUGCAGGUGAGAUUCAGGUGGGAUUCAGAUCAACGGCGGCACUGCCGGGCCAGCCAACGUGACCUUCCUUAUCCCAAGCCCCGCCUCCCCUUACCUCCCACUCCCCAACCCUCCCUCCCUCCCACUCCCCACUUCCCCCUCCUCUCCACACAUCAGAUCAACGACGGCAUUGUCGGGCCAGCCAAUGUAAACGGGGGAAUUGUUGGGCCAGCCAACGUGACAUCCUACCCCAAGCCGCGCAAGAGCAACGCAUGGGCGCUGCUGUUCUUCCGCGAGGUGCCCAACCUGGCGGUCACGGGCGGCGGGUGGAUGGACGGGCGGGGGGCUGGGUUCUGGGCGCGGGGGAAAGGGAGCAAGCGACCGGCGCUGCUGUUUCUGAUGCACUGCGAUAACGCCACUGUGCAGGGCAUAGGAAUGACCAAUCCAGGCAAGGCACACCUCAAGGUGUAUGGCAGUAACGGAUUGCUUAUAGAGAGGAUAACCACUCGCAGCCCAUUCAACAGCCCCAACACGGACAGCAUUCAACUCUCCAAGAUUGAGAAUGGCAUCAUACGGAACAGCCAUCUGCAGGGCGGAGAUGACAAUGUGGCGAUCGGUAAUGGCUGCCAUAAUCUGCUGGUUGAGAAUCUCGUGUGCAUCAACGGCCACGGAGUGAGCAUAGGGAGUCUGGGAGAGGACCGAGACACAGGGUGUGUAUCAGACGUGCUUGUAAGGAACGUGAGCUUCACGGGGUCAAACAACGCCCUGCGAAUCAAGACAUAUCAGGGAGGCAAGGGGCUUGUAUCGAACGUGACUUAUAAGGACAUCCGGGUGACCGACGUCACAUGGCCGAUAAUAAUCAAUCAGUUUUACUGUGACACCUCUGCAAGUAAAUGCCGGGAGAGACAAGAAGCAGUGGCCGUGACAGACAUCAGCUUUAUCAACGUGAAGGGCACGGCCAAUGGCACUCACGCCAUUCUCUUCAACUGCAGCCGAUCCGUUCCAUGCACCUCCCUGCUGGUCUCUGGGAUUGCCAUCGCCCCAUCUGCCAACCGAGCCAGCAGCCUCUUUCAAGCCGCUGCUGCUGCCGCUAUUCCCUCUUCCUCUUCCUCCUCUUCCUCCUCUCCCUCCCGUCUUCCCAUCGAUUCGCCUCCUCUUUCCCACUCCCAAGGUGCGAGGAUGGACCUCCGUCACCCCAAAGCCCUACACCCGCUGGCUUAUCAACUCUAUGGCAGCCCAGUGCGGGUCUGA